AUGAACCAGAUGCAAUCGUAUGCCGACGUGCAUCAACCACACAUGUCUGCUGCAACUGCUCAUGCGCCUGUCUCGGCCGCUCCCUCAAGUCUGUCGCACUAUUCAUAUCCACCACAACCUUCAAUUCUGCAGCCAGGCCCACAAUACGCAUCCGCUCCAGCUGGAUAUCCUCCAUAUGGCUACCCAAAUGGUGUUCCAUCCCAGCUCCCCGCGUCAUCCUCCAUGAGCAAUGCCUUGGUGCCUCAGGCCAUUCAGCUUCCCGCAAUGACCUCCGGUGCGCCGACAUCAUCACUUUCUGGCUCACAAAGCUACCCGCAGCAUCAAUUCGAUCACACAGGACAGAUCGCACCUCCUGGGAUGAAACCCAGGGUCACCGCAACACUGUGGGAAGAUGAGGGUAGUUUGUGCUUUCAGGUUGAAGCUAAAGGAGUAUGUGUUGCUCGACGUGAAGACAAUCACAUGAUUAAUGGCACCAAGCUUCUGAAUGUGGCUGGCAUGACACGAGGGCGUAGAGAUGGCAUUCUUAAGAGCGAGAAGACUAGGCACGUGGUCAAGAUCGGCCCGAUGCAUUUGAAGGGCGUUUGGAUUCCAUUCGAUCGCGCAUUGGAGUUUGCAAACAAGGAGAAGAUUACAGAGCAACUAUAUCCUCUCUUUGUGCAUGACAUUGGGGCUUUGCUCUACCACCCUUCAAAUCAAACAAGGGCAAGUGUAGGAGGCGCCGCGAUGGCCGCGGUAGAACGCAACCGUAGACCUGACCCCAUGCAGACCCAAAGAUAUCUGACUGGGCCCACUACGUCGCAGCCCCCGUCGCUGCACCAUCACCAUUCGAUGAGCAAUCCCAUUGGAGCGGCGAUGUCACAACCGCCACACGCCAUCCAGCCACACCCCUCGGCGGGCCGUCCUGGCCUCGAUCGGGCGCAUACGUUCCCCACUCCUCCCACCAGUGCUUCAAGUCUCAUGGGCAUGGGUUACCAGGGCAGCUCUUCCGAGUGGAGCAGUUCUAAUGUGCAGAAUAUCCAAGGCAGCCAACCGCUGUCUAUUGAUACUGGUCUGAGCAACACGCGCUCCGUUCCGACCACUCCAGCGAGCACACCCCCAGGCCAAGUCCAGCCCGGUAUGGCCUAUCCGACUGCUCAGAGCUAUGACAACUCAAGGCCGAUGUAUUCCGCGCCACCUUCUCAGCCUUCGCAGUACAAUACUCAGUCACAGCAGAUGAUGGGUUAUCGUCCACCUGUACAAGAUGGCCCUUAUCCCAAGACUGAGAUGGCACCACCUGCGCGAACCACAGAUCAGGGAGACGUGAAGCCUUCGGAAGGUAUGCUUGCUCAGAAUAACGAGCAGGUGAGCCAUGCAGCAGGCGAAGAUGAGGGUGAUCACGACAACGAGAACGAGUAUACGCACACGAACGCCCCUUACAACGCGAAUCGUGGCUCAUACGCAUAUGCCUCCAGCACGGCGCCUGGUCCCAUCCACGGCGACCAUCCGCAUCUGUCCCCGGAGAUGACGGGAUCUCCGCACCAGAAUGGUUCAGGCCGUGCAACUCCCCGUACAACAACCACCGGACAGACUCAAUGGAAUUCGGGUUAUCCAACUCCACAGCGCCAAACAGGACCAUCCAGCAAUCUCUAUAGUGUUAUGAGCGACACUAGGGGUAGUGCCACGAACGGUAACCCCCCUCCAGAGAGUUACCAACCACCAGGUGCUGUCGCUCAAUACCCCAGCCAAGCAUAUGCUACCCCCAAUGGUGUCUCCGUGAACCCUAAACGAGCCCGAGACGAUGAAGAUGAUCAAGAUCCAUACGCUCGCUCUAACAGUGCCGCAGGGGACGAUAUUGAUGGCCUCAAAAGACGCAAGACUGUUGAAGGCGGGGCUGGUGGUGGUGCAGCGUACUCUCGGGAUCCCAACCAUGGAAUUCAACGAACACGAUCUACAAUUACGCAGCGUGCCCGGAGGUAG